CUCUUUCAUUAACUUGGUUUUGUGUGCACUUGCGACAAUGUAUAACUUGCUUCCUCCCAGCAAUGGUGGUACCACUACAUUGUUUGGGGGUUGCACCCAGUACCGCAGCGUGAUAGGCCAAACUGCUGUGCGAGGUCGACAUCUGAUUGGAUGUUAAAACAAACCAAGACUCCGCCUCCGAUUUUGACACAGCAGGUCGGGUUUACUGGAGAGACAAUACCUAUUAUACCAGAACUGAGAGGGUCAGGCAGACAGCAUCUAACACUGCAAAUCAUUGUAACAUAUCCACUCGAGGGGUUUGAUGUAUUCAUGCAUUUAUUUAUUUAUUGUAUCUACAUUAAAAGGUAAUGGAUUUCGUGCUAAGCGGAGCAGCCGCUUGCGGUGCGUGUCUCUUCACUAACCCCCUGGAGGUGGUCAAAACGCGGAUGCAGCUGCAAGGCGAGCUGAAAGCGCCCGGCUCCUAUCAGGUGCAUUACCGCAACGUCUUCCACGCUUUCUACACCAUCGGGAGAGUGGACGGCUUGGCCGGGCUGCAGAAGGGCUUGGUGCCCGGGCUGCUGUACCAGUUUUGCAUGAACGGGUUCCGGCUCGGGUCCUUCGCGAUCAUCGAGUCAGCCGGCUACAUCCACUCCGAGGACGGCAGAGUCAUCCCCGGCAAAAGCAUCGCCGCCGGGGCUAUAGCCGGGGUCAUAGGCGCUGUUAUGGGGAGCCCAGUCUAUUUGGGAAUGGUGCACGCGCUGGUGCGUAUAAAGAAGCAGCAUGGCAUUCUGGGAUUGUGGAGGGGGUCAAGCGCGGCCGUGCCUCGGGUCACGGUGGGGUCGGCCACCCAGCUUUACUCCUUCACCGCAGCCAAAGAGUUUGUCCGUGACCUCCAGGUAACUCCCCUUUGUCUGUGUGUGUGUGUUGUCCGUUUCAGUGUUCUAGAACACCCUGUAGUGUUUACAAGAAACACACAUCUGGCCUCUGUUGUUGUUCUAUCCCAAAUUGUCUGUAUAACACAAUUUUUCCAACUCAGACAUGUUCGCCAGGGGAGAGACGGAGCUUUGUCUUCUAAGGGUCGCGGUGUCUCCAGAUCACGCUCCCACCUGCAACGAUGCUGCCAUUUGAAACGAGAGGCGCGUCAUGGGAGGGUGCGCCCUCUGGAGGCUGAUCCUGGUUUUUCGGUCAGGGUUUGUCGGCCCUCUCUAACGUUUCAAAGACCUCAGUCAAUCCACCUCCUAAAUUUUUAUCCAGAUAGGCUGCAUUUUGUUUCACUAUAAAGAAAUUUAAAAAAAGCUUUUGAAAGACAUUUGGAAGAAAUUGUGCGGUUCUACGCAGUGUGUGUUCAGUCCUUUACCAGAAGGAAGCGAACUAAACUGUCGGGUCCAAUUUAUUCUCACACACGCUGUUAAUCCCCCCCCCCAGAGUAAAACAGGUUUGAA